AUGGUCCAGCCGCCUCGGCGGCACGGCAGCUUUACUUUUGCCCUCUUUCCCGUCUGUUGCUCUGAAACAGGCCCGCAGCACGAAUCGGUUCCGCUCGCCUUUUCGCUGUUCAAAGUGAAAAAGCAACUCUCCGAGCAAGACCUGCAGAACCUUCGACUGAAGAUCAACGGGAGAGAGCGCAAACGGAUGCAUGACCUGAACCUGGCUAUGGACGGUCUCCGCGAGGUCAUGCCUUACGCCCACGGACCAUCAGUGAGGAAACUUUCCAAAAUUGCCACUUUACUCUUGGCCAGAAACUACAUCCUGAUGCUGUCGAACUCUCUAGAAGAGAUGAAGAGACUAGUGGGGGAGAUUUAUGGCGGGCAUCACUCGGCUUUUCAUUGCGGGACUGUAGGACAUUCUGCCGGGCACCCGGGACACACCACAUCUGCCCACCAAGUCCAUCCGAUAUUGGGAAGCGCCUUGACCUCCUCCUCUUCCUCCAUUUCAGCUUCGCUACCGGGCAUCGGCGCGGUCAGACCCCCUCAUUCGCUGUUGAAAACGUCCUCGGCGCCUCCCGCGCCGCUAGGAAACGCCUUCCAGCACUGGGCAGGUUUGCCGUGCCCUUGCACCAUCUGCCAGGUGCCACCGCCUCCUCACAUCUCAGCCCUCAGCACAGCGAGCAUGCCAAGGCUCUCCACAGAUGGUAAAGACUUAAUGAAGUAA